ACUCAGAAUCUUCUGAUGAAGUAAGGAGCCAUCUGGGUGUCAAGUUCUGCAGAGAGAAAAUUUAGCUUGAAGAAGUCACAGCGAUAAGAAGUAGAAAUGUCAUCUUACUCAACCUCACCUGUUACUGGCACAUCCAGUGGGUCUCCAGUAUCGCCUCAGUUUCCAGAGUCUCCGAAGACCCUUAAUUUACCAGGCCCUCAACGAAUAAGAGAUUGCUCUCCAUCUCCUAUGAGACACCUCAUGCCUAGUACACUCCCUACUAGACGUACAAGAACAUUUUCUGCAACUGUCCGAGCUUCUGAAGGACCAGUGUACAAAGGAGUGUGUAAAUCCUUCUCCUGCUCUAAAGGACAUGGCUUCAUAACACCCGAAGAUGGAGGGGCAGAUAUGUUUGUACACAUUUCCGAUAUUGAAGGAGAAUAUGUCCCUGUAGAAGGUGAUGAAGUCACUUACAAAGUUUGCUCCAUUCCUCCGAAACAUGAGAAAAAACAGGCCGUGGAAGUUGUGAUAACCCAUUUAGCUCCUGGAACAAAGCAUGAGACAUGGUCUGGACAUAUCAUCACUUCUUAGAUUUGUGUAGCUAGCAUCACUUUUUUUUUUUUUUCUUUGACGCCAUUGUUUGAUAACAUACAUUCUUUGCUACCACAUAAAGCUAUUACCCAUGAACAUUCUCACAAUGGUUGCACUGGAUUCUACAUUUUAUGCUUUUCCAAUAC